AUGGAAGAGUAUGGGCUCGGAAGUGAGAUUUCAACUUAUGGUGAUGCCUAUAGUUAUGGGAUAUUGUUAUUGGAGAUGAUAACAGGGAAGAGACCCAUAGAGAACAUGUUUGAGGAAGGGCAUAAUCUUCACAACUUCGCAAGAACAACCUUGCCUGACCGAGUGAUGGAGAUUGCAGACCCGGUACUCCUAGACAAUGAGGAAAAAGAGACUAGAGCAACAACAAUUCAAGUGAACAAUCGCUGCAAAAUUGUGGAAUGUUCGAUUUCCAUGGUCAAUAUUGGAGUGGCAUGCUCUACGGAGUCACCACAAGGAUCUUUUCUCUAUGAAACCAGAGAAAAUUCAAAUCCUUUACCAGAGAAAAUCCAAAAUCUUGACAAACUGAACUGUGUGAAAACUAUGAACUGCAAGUCGGCACAGAGAAAAUUCAUACGUCCAGAGAAAAUUCCACUGCGACACGAAGAUGAAUAA